AUGAUCCCUGCAGAAUCGAGCUCAUAUAACUGUGGGCCAUGCGUCAACACCAAGAAGCACGAGCUUCAAUCGAAUCGCCCUGCUCAAUCAACACUUUUCCCCACUGCUGCAGGCUCUUCCCGUGCCUAG